UACAUUCUAGAAAACCAACCGCCCAUAGUAGUAUGUGAUACUUUUUAUUAUUACCAAACCGUUCCGAUAAUUACACCAUAAUCAUUAUAUAAUCCCACAAGAAAGAGUCUAUUUAAGCAAUUGCUUCGUCAACGCCGGAACACUGAAACUAUAAUUGCAUUAUAUACCGCUCCUUCCACCACCUAGAGAAACAUAAUAUAUCAAACCAUCUUUGUGUGAACAUUUAGGAGAAUGAAAGGUCGGCCUGUGCAUCUCUGUCCUACCGCAAAAGUUAUGCCAAAAAAAGUUUAGAGUCCUCGACGAAGUAUACAGCUCUUUAAAUCAUUUCCCCGGGUUACUUGGAACCGUUGGGUGAGCGCGUUUAAUAUUGGACUUUUCUCUUUCUGUUUUAAUAAGGUACGACGUGGCCUUGUUGAACAGCUUGGUUGUUUUAAAUAUCAUAUUUACUAAUACAUGUGCUUAAUUCCUAGCCCAUGGCUUCAGAAAGCGCUCCCAUGCAUUUUGUUAGAAUAAACCUGGUUCGUCAGGGCACCUGAAAAAAAAGCCUCCCUCAGGACCAGUUUGCGUUUGUAUGCAUGCGAUUGGCAACACUUAUUUACAUUAAAUACGCCACAAGGUUACAGUGAGAUGAACGUCAUUUUAUCACUGAUUACUUCUCUUAAGCACUAGAGCUGUGACUGAUGCUCAGGACGCGCAGACUACACCGAUUUACCCUGGAGUUUUUUGUUGUUGAAGAAAAAUACUUUAAAUAGUUAACUGAAAAGGCACUUGUCUUCCCCCCUCUGCAAACCUGUCUGUGUUCUUCCUGAGCUACGUCGGUGAGGUGGCAGUACUGCAGUGAUCUACGGAUGUCAAUUAGAAGACCCAAAGAAAACACGUUAGGACAGAGACACAUCCCUCUAGGUUGGUUGUCAUUGCUGUGUGCUGUAGUGACUCAGUGGCAGUGACUGCCUGGGUCUCCUCGAACCAAACAGACAGGCUCCAGACCAGUAUGCAGUUAGUGUGUUAAGAUAGUGGCUGACAAGCCGCCCGCGCCUCCCUCCCUCCGUGACCCCGGAUCACUCACCGCACUUAUAAGGCCUGUCAUUUUUAAUAUUUGAUUUCAGUUUUAAGUUAUGUGUUUUACCCAGAUGAUGAAAUCAGUGUUUAACUGAACACAAAAUGGAUCUCCCCUCUCUCUUUUCAUCUUCAAUCUCCCCUUGCUUGCCCUCUUUGCCUUUUCUCUCUCACUCUCUCUCUCUCUCUCUCUCUCUCUCUCUCUCUCUCCUUCUCUCCUCUGUUUUACAGAGAUGAGGGGAAGAUAUUAGUGAUAAUAUAGGCACACAGACACAGACAGACACGCAGAGACACAAAGCUCACAGCCACGCGGACACACGGCUCUGCAUUGCGUAUUACAUUGUGAUCUGCCCGAUGGAGGACUCUAGUUUGUGCCUUGGUGUGUCUUCAGCAGUAUCGGACGCUGACAGAGACCAUCUGAGCAACACAGUGCUAAAUGGGCGAUACCCUAUCAGUCAGAAGCUCCACCAGCUGACGGCCCAGCUGGGCCACGCCUUUCCCGACCUACAGAGCCGACAGCAGAUCCCUGAGGAGAAAGCUGCCACCCCAUUGGAUGAGAAGAGCCACGCUGCCCUGGCCAGUCAACCAAUCAGCAGUCAGAUGGCACUGCUCGCUAACCAGCUCAACCGAGACAUAGAUGCAAGUGCCCUGGCCAACCUGAAUGGGCGUGUGGACCUGCAGCAGUUUCUCAAUGGGCAGAACCUGGGCAUCAUGUCCCAGAUGAACGACAUUGAAGAUGAUGCCCGCAAGAACAGGAAGUACCCUUGUCCGUUGUGCGGCAAGCGAUUCCGCUUCAACAGCAUCUUGUCGCUACACAUGCGCACACAUACAGGUGAGAAGCCUUUCAAGUGCCCCUACUGCGACCAUCGAGCAGCACAGAAGGGUAACCUCAAAAUCCACCUACGCACCCACAAGCUGGGAAACCUCGGUAAGGGACGCGGCCGUGUCCGUGAGGAGAACCGUCUUCUACAUGAGCUGGAGGAGAGGGCCAUCCUGAGGGACAAGCAGAUCAGGAGCAGCAGCCUCCUUCAGCCAGCUCAGCCCCUGCAGCACCAGCCACACCUUGGCCCUCAGACCCAGCAGCAGCAGCAACAGCCUGGCUCUGCCUGUGGCCUCCUCACCCCCACCAGCCUGGGAACUCCAGACUCCCUCUCCCAGCCGUCGUCCUCCCCCAAGCCGGCCAGCACCCAAGAUGACCAGGCCCUGAACCCACCCACUGGAUUCCGCUGCACCUUCUGCAAGGGCAAGUUUAAGAAGCGGGAGGAGCUGGAUCGUCACAUCCGCAUCCUGCACAAGCCCUACAAGUGCACCUUGUGUGAGUUUGCUGCCUCGCAGGAGGAGGACCUGAUCAGCCAUGUGGAAAAAGCCCAUAUCACGGCCGAGUCAGCUGCAGGACAGGGUGCAGCUGGCGGCACUGAGAAGCCUGCCAACGAGUUCCGCUGUGAGGUGUGUGGCCAGGUCUUCAGCCAAGCCUGGUUCCUCAAGGGCCACAUGCGCAAACACAAGGACUCAUUUGAACACGUCUGCCAGAUCUGUGGUCGUCGCUUCAAGGAGCCCUGGUUUCUCAAGAACCACAUGAAGGUCCAUCUCAAUAAGCUGGCCAUCAAGAGCAAGCCCCCAGCAGAGGACAUUAAUGCUGUCAACACCAUGAACAGCAUGGCCCAGGAGGCCCACGCUAACCUCUACUCACGCUACAUCUCCUGCCUGCAGGGAGGCUUCCUAUCCCCAGACAAACAGGGUCUGAGUGAGCAACACCAGAUGCUGGCCAAAGCCGGCAUUGCCAUGAAGGAGAAGGAGAUGCUGGGGAAGCUGCUAGGCCCCAUGGCAGGGAUGGGCCAUGGCCUUGGUGAAGGGGAGAAGCGCACUCUCCUGGGCUGUCUGAACCUGGUGCCCCCCCUGAAGUCCAGCUGCAUGGAACGCCUCCAGGCGGCUGCCAAAGUUGCAGAGAUGGACCCGCUGAAUAGCUAUCAGGCCUGGCAGAUCAUGGCACGAGGCAUGGCCAUGGACCGCGCCUUUAUGCCCAAGGAGCAGCACCAUGAGCAGCACCAUGAGGAGAGGAUCAAUGCUGCCGGCAUGGCCUUCACUAAAGAGAAGCAUGACUACCCUAUGAUGGGCUCCAACGAUGGCUCCAAGCAGAAGCAGCACAUCGAAGCUCUGCAUGGCUCGAAGGCCGGCAGUGGAGCCAUGAUGCCCCUGAAAGACGACAGAGUGGGUUUCGACAGCCACCGUGACUUCAUGCCACAUCAUGGCGGCCAUGGCCUGGGCCUGGGCCACGGCCUUGAGUACAACCACCUGACUAGCCUGAAAGAGAAACCCACAGAGUGUCCUGACUGUGGCCGGGUCUUCAGGACCUAUCACCAGAUGGUGGUCCACUCUCGGGUGCACAACAAGGAGCGGCGGCCCAUAGAAGAAGCCAUCCAGCAGCAGAACAACACCACAGGACUGGAUGAACGCCGUGGCUCGGCCAGCGACCCAGAGUCCCAGUCCAUCAGCAGGUCCACCACCCCUGGAUCCUCCAACGUGACGGAGGAAAGCGGAGCCGGAGGAGGCCACUCCCAGACCGGCAGUGUCCAGGACGACAGCCCACACCCUUCCUCCCCAUCCUCAGAUGUCGGGGAUGACCUGGGGAAGGCGGCGGGGAGUGUUCAGCAGGCCCCCUCCCAGCACAGGGACAGGAGCCUGGGCUCGGCCAUCAAGGACUGCCCCUACUGUGGGAAGACCUUCCGCACCUCCCACCACCUCAAGGUCCACCUGAGGAUACACACAGGUCAGUGGAGAGAGAAACCCUACAGGUGCCCUCACUGCGACUACGCAGGCACCCAGUCUGCCUCACUGAAGUACCACCUGGAGCGCCACCACCGUGAGCGGCAGAAUGGCGGCGGCCCCUCCUCCGGACACGCCCCUCCCUCUGAGCACAAGGAAGAGCACGGCAAGGGUGGCGUCUUCGCCCGUCCUGAUGUCCUCCGCGGUGUCUUCAAGGGCAUGCCCUCCAGCCUGGACUUCAGAGGGGGACCGUUGCAUCCCCAUCAGUGGGCCCCUCCCGGUAUGUUGUCCCCCAGGGAGCGUGAGAGGGACAGAGAGCGAGAGCGUAAUGGCCUGGGACCUGACUCUCUCUCUGAAAGCAUGAAAAGCCCAGAGGGCCCCUCCGCCGCAGACGUCCCAGCCAGCUUCAGAGACCUAGGUCGGGCGUACCAGAGCAUGGUGGGAAACGGUGUCAACUUCCAGGGCUCCCUGCAGGCCUUCAUGGACAGCUUUGUCCUCAGCUCCCUGAAGAAGGAGAAGGAGAUGAGAGAGAGCCACCUGCAGUCCCAGCAUUACUUUGAGAGUGGUGAGCCCAAAGCCAAGAGGGCUGAUACUGGUGAGGAAAAGGCUGAGGCCAAGCCUUCAACGGGCAAGCCUGGGUCCCAGUACGAGCCUCUGGACCUGUCUGUCAAUGUCAAACCUGAAACAGGCUCUCUGCCUGGCGCCUCUGUCACCUUCCAGGACAACGUGGCGUGGCAUGGCUGCCUCUUCUGCUCCUUCACCACCGCCUCUGUCGAGCUGAUGGCCCUACACCUGCAGGCCAACCACCUAGGCAAGGCCAAGCAAUGCAAGGAGGGCAAGGAGCACCAGGGAGAGCCCUCCCACUUCCUCAAGGCCAGCAUGGGCCCAGCCCACCUCCAUGACAGAGACAAUGACAGAGAGGGGGAGAAGAGCCAGUCAGCCUGGUCCAACCACAUGGAGCACCACACCAGCAUGGGAGCCUUCCAGAGUGACUUCUAUAAGCAGUAUGGAGGCAUGUAUGAUGGCUCCCCAAGGACCCCGGGCCUCCAGGGGUUUGGAGCGACAUGCCCUGACCCAGCCCUGGAGCAGCAGAGCCAGGCCAGAGAAACAGCUGGGGAUGAGCUCUCAGACAAGGCCUCCUGCGGGGAGCUGGAGGACCAGGCACAGUCUGAGGAUGAUGAAGGCAGGGAUGGAGAGCGCUGCCACAGCACCGAGUCCUCCUCCGCCCAACCAGAGAGACAGCGACCCCACUCUGACGACGAGGAGGAAGAGGACGGGAUGGAGGGGGAAGAUGAGGACAGUGCCACCUAUCAGAUGCCGAAGCAGACGCAGGCCCUGUCCCCGGCUAGAGAGGCCCAACGACCAAGGGCCUCCUUGGGCCCUGGGGCCCCUUUCCCUCCCCAGUUCCAGCCUCAGCCGCCCCUGGAGAAGCAGUGGCAGCAGGGCUUGGGUCUCCUUUCAUCUCCUGGUGGUUCCCCGGGGCUGCUGAAGCCGGAACAUGCCCAUCUCGAGCAGCAGAUGAACAUGCUGUCCGUCCUGAGGGCCUACAGCUCGGAGAACCUCGCAGCGUUCAACGGCCUUGGAAGCGGCUCAAACAGCGGCGGCGGCAUCAAGAGACCAGACGCACCCAGUCACGGAGGUCAGGGGGGUCAGAAGCCGUUCCAGUGCAGGUACUGCUCCUACGGUGCCUCUCAGAAGGGCAACCUGAAGACCCAUGUCCUGUGUGUCCACCGCAUGCCCUUUGACAACAGCCAGUACCCAGACCGCCGCUUCAAACGCUCCCACGUCGACUCGGACGCCUCAGGGAACUCUGAGGAUGGGACCACCAGCUACCCCACGGGAAUUCAUGAGGUUAUGGCCGACCCCCCUCUCUCUGGAGACCCCCUGCAUCCAUGACCGAUGUCACCCGGCAUGGAGGUGCCAGCCUUCAACUCUACAACUACUGUACUCACUGCGGCCACAUAACAGGGACUACGUACUUCGCCUACUCCCAGAGCACAGCCAGAUAAAGGGGGCCAUCAUUGACUGUACUCUUUUGCCCAGAGCUCACAGGACAUCCUCAGUGUGUACUAGGUCAGUAACAAUAACACAACAUGCCUAUAAACAACACAUACCAUGGGUUGAGUAUUCUUUAAGAUGGGUCCUGAAGAAAUGCAUCUAUUCAUUCAUAUACAACUAAGUAUAGAUAUGUUAAAUUUAGUUAAGCGACAAAUAGUGGAGACGACUAUAUAAAAAAAUAAAAAUAAAAGAAAUGUAGAAAAUCUUUCAAAUGACUUUUAUCCCCCCAAAAUUAUGCUUUUAUCAGAAGAAUGAUCCCAUAAACGAUUUAGCGACAAUUGGGGAAGAUGGAAUAGGAUUGUUGAACACACCCCUCAGAACAUGACACCGGCGGCUGCCUUUUGCAGAGGGCGAAUGAUGAGCAGCCAGUGGAGGCUGGGCCAGGCAGCGGCAGUGGUGGAGGGGGGCCUUGGUGCCAGCCUGACUGGAGCUGUCAUCGCAGAGGAAAUCAAUUCACCACCCCCUCUCCCCUUUUUUCAUCUUUCUCGACCCAGCAGUCCAGCCCCAUCCACUCCCAGCCCUCUGCCCCUACUGCACUACAGGAGUAACCUAACCCUGGCCGACAUGUGAGGGGUCAAACUCAGUUCCAUCAGCUGGCCAGAGUCACCCUCCUCCUCCUCCCCUUUCUCUGCCUCUUUAAAACGACUCAAAUCCAACAUGGCCUCUGGAAGAAGAAAACAAAAAUCAAUGAUGUAUUUAAAGGAGCCAUUAGAGGCACAGAGAUGUGUUCUGUGCAAUAUUGUCAUUUAUUUGGAUAUCACCUUACCAGACACUGAGAGGUGGAGUUAAUUGAAUGUGUUUUAUUUCAUUGAGCUUUUAUGUUAGGAGGUGGAUGGUUGUUAUUUGGAAUUGAAAGUGUAGCUAGUGAAGAUGUACAUAGUGGAAUUGGGACCUUUACAACUUGAUGUACUGUAACUUUAGUCAGAGGUUGAAUGUUUCGUUAUAUAUGAAGACCGUGAACGUUACAGGAGUUGUUUCUUCAGACACGAUGCAGGACUAUCUUCCUAUAGGCUCCUCUAAAGCAGCGUCAGAAUGAGCAAUAAUACAUAGAGAUAAUCACCCUGCUCCCUGUCUCUAAUUUCAACGUAUUAGUAACAAAAUAGACAAAGGGACAUUUUCUACAAAUGUCUUUUCCAAUUUAUUUCUAGGUUUCGGACGAAGCAUUUUGUGAGUAGUGGGGAGUAAACAGAAGAUGAUGCUUUUUAUUGUGUUGGUAUGGAGGCAUGGGGGGGGGAUUUAAAAAAUAUAUAUGUUUCUGAUAAAGAGAAAUGAUCCGGACUUUAAGAAAGUCAAUAUCUUCCCUCACAGCCAAGGAGAGCUGAACACUUAAACCCCAGGGCCUUAACACCGCAGCUAUGCCUAAAGGAGUUUACAGUCCGCUCAAAUACACUGCUCCUAUCAGUUGAGAGAGAGAAAUAAGAAAAGAAAGAAAGAAAGAAAGAAAAGAAAGAAAGAAAGAAAUAAAAGAAAGAAAGAAAGAAAGAAAGAGUAUGGAUACGUCCAGAAUGCAGUUGUUGUUUAAAUGGGGUCAUUUGAAUUAGGACUUUUCUGCCAUUCAGCGAUCUACUUACAGUGUUCUGUUGUUGUUGCUUACCUAGCCUAGUUCGCACCGCCUUACUUCAGAUCGAGUCGAUCAAUUUAAUACAACUCUUUUUAUGAUAUCUCCCAUGAAGCCACAACAUUGAGAUAUAACUGAAACGACUGUGGUAAGCUUUAGGUUUAAUAAAUGCACUACUGCGUUCUUGGUGACUGUGCCAGUCGCUUGCUUUUUUGUGUGUGUAUGUACGUGUGUGUGUGGGUGUGCCUACCUAACUAUAUAAGAGAAAAGAAUAACUACAAAAAAAAAUUGAAAAAAAUAAACUCUGAAGAAAAAUAAUUCACAUUCCAUUUCUAGCACUUUUCAGGUUUUCCAGUAUAUCUGUAUGUUUCAAACUAUGCGAUAUGGCAAUGAUGCUUUUCAUGACACUGGAAACAUCAUUGUUUGCCAAUUCUCUGUGACGUGUUCGUCCAUCCCUUACUGUGCUACUGUUUCCCUGCCUGCAUUCCAAAAUAACCCAAGUUUUCCCUGAAAAUAUUUUGUUUGUCAUGAUUCAAUUAAGAAACAGACACAAAUGUACAAUUACAACUUGAUCAUUCCUGCGCUAACAAAGAAGAUAAAUCAUUUAUACUAUGUACUUCUCUGUGUACUCUGUGUUCAUGGCCCUGAUACUGUCCACAUUCCUUGAUGAAGUAAACGUCUAUAUUGGAGGUAAAGUAAGUAGAGGAUUUUGUUGCUACUACUAUAUACUUAGACAACUUUGUAUUUAAAUAUAACUAUUGGGCAUUAUUUAUUAUUCUACAUCAGUUUUACAGAAGAGGAAAACCAUUCUGAUAACGGUAAAUCUGUGUUUUCUUUUUUCAUGGACUCUUUCUGCUGUCAGGAAGUUGUGAAGUCUCUGAGGCAGUUCGUUUUAUCCAGUGUUUUACGCAAUAAAAACCUCUACCUC